AGUCACUGGCCAGUUUAGGCCGGCUGCUGCGUAGCUCUCCGGAGUGGAGGAGCACGGUUUCUUUCACUUCUAAAUUUAGCAGUCACUGACGCGAGAAAUGGCUCAACGAUGACGGCGGGAAGAGUAAGGACCCGGAAAUGCGCCCACAACCAUGCUACCGUGAAUAACGGAAAGUAUUUUUAGCACAUGUUAUCAUCUUGCGUUAACGCGUAGUAUAAAGGGAAGACGCGCAAAAUGCAGUUGUACAGCAGCGCGCUAACACACUACCCGGGCUCGUCGCGAAAAUUCCGAGUGACUAUUACUGCGAGUUCCGGCAACACAGAGUUCGAAUCCAGUUAUAACGCCGUUAAGGAAACCAACGCAGGAGAUUCAGGCGGGGAGAACUGUACAGACACCAACAUGCCCGCGUUUUCGUGCUACGAGGCCUCACUGAGGCCCGUCUUCUACACAUCCAAAGCGGAGAUUGUCAUUACAAGGCCGAAUGGCGUGGAGAAGUGUGUCCCUGUUCAGAUCACGAAGGAUCUGCAUAAAACCGUAGAUGUUGUAGAUGUGUAUAGAACGCCGUGUACAGAGAACAUCGAUCAAUCAGUUGGCGAUUUGAAUAGUGACCUUGCUGAGCGUAGAAGAAGCAGCCUGGACAUUUCUGAGGAUAACAAUGACAUAACUGAGAGCAACUCACUCAAUUUUCAUAGCUUGUUAAGAAGAAAUGAUGGUAGACUGCAAAAUGAAGAACUAGUGGUGUAUGCCCCUGAAGACAUUGGAACUACAAAAGGUUUUUCACAAAGCAUUCCGUUCACUUGCAAAUGGGAAAACUCAUCUGAAAUAUUUCAAAGCCAAAGUAACCUGAAAUGUCAGCAGAAGGAGGAUGACGAAAUGUUAGAUGACCCAGUGUUGCAGCUACAUGUACUCCGGGAGCAUGCAAGCAGGAGUGAGCUCAAUGAGAAGGUUAGCCAGUACCUGGCUGAGGUGGAGAAACAGAACAAAUACCUCCAAGAGAGCAAGAAGUAUCGUUUUCACAUCAUCCCAGAUGGAAACUGUCUCUAUCGGGCAGUGUCAAAAGCAGUAUAUGGUGAGCAGUCAAUGCACAGUGAGCUACGAGAGCACACAGUACAUCACAUUGCUGACUAUCUGAAUGAGUUCAUUCCUAUUAUAGAAGGUGAUGUGGGUGAAUUUCUAAUUAAUGCAUCACAGGAUGGUGCCUGGGCUGGCUACCCAGAGUUACUGGCCAUGAGUCAAAUGCUGAAUGUAAACAUCUACCUGACUACAGGAGGCAGUCUAACAAGUCCCACUGUCUCCACUAUGAUACACUAUCUGGGUCAGGAGGACUUGACAAAACCAGCUAUUUGGUUGAGUUGGCUAAGUAAUGGUCACUAUGAUGUGCUGCUGGACUGCAGUCUGCCCAACCCAGAGUAUGAUGACUGGUGCCUGCGGACACAGGUUCAGCGCCAACACGAUGAAGAACUAGCCAAGUCCAUGGCGGCUACUCUGUCCAAAAUGUACAUUGAGAAAAUUAACCUUAAGUAAUCUUUUUAGUUGCUGGAAUUUGUAUUUUGUACAACACAUUUCUGGAGCUGUGGUGUUUUGAUUUUUCAAAACUGAUGGCUUAAAUGACCUAAAUCUUUAGAAAAUAUGUAAGUGUAUGUAUGUAUGUAUAUAUAUAUACAUAUAUAUACUGUGUUCUUUUUGAAAACGGCUCUGCAGGGUAUAUUUCCAUAUCUUUCCACAAGUGCCAUGGCACCAUUUUUGUAAACCAAAGUUUGUUUAUGAGGUUAUCAGAAAUGUUGGUCACAUUUCAAACAAUAUACAAUCUGACUUGUUACAUUGAUUGAUUCGAUUUAAGAAUUACUUUACAAUUCGAUUAAAUUAAAUAGAAUUUUAUAAAAAAAACUCUGCAUGAUCAGAGACUCUUAAGAGACCAUCCAAAUUGCAAUUUUAUCAGGCACCCUUUACUGUGGAAUACUGUACUGCUAUCUUAUCCUCAUGCUGUAUUUUUAUAGAUUAGUGGGUUACACUUUAUCAAGUGUUUUUUAUUUCUUUAUUUAUUGUAGUUUGGUGUAUUUUUAUAUUGUAUGUUGCAUUUAAGUGCAGUGCACAUUUGGAGUGUAAUAUGCAGAGCAAGUGCAUGAAUAUUGUCAUUGUGUACAUACCUUUAAAUAAAUACUUUUUUGCAUAUUUUCUUACUAUUAUUUCUUUUGCAAAAAGGGUGUAAUAAACUAUAUGUAAAACAUAUUGCAUUUUCUGUAACCUAUCAUUUCUGUAGCUGUUAAAAUUUGGUUUAUAAUGGCAAUUUUGUCUGAAAUAAAGUAUAUAUUUUCUAAUCAAUUGUUACUUUUUUUUCUUUUUCUUUUUUUUUUUUAAAUUGUUAACCAGUUUUUUAGGAGCGGAUGGUGGUGGUGUUUGUGUUAGAGAAAUAUGGUGGGUGUGUGUUCAUGCUGGCAAAAGCCCCAGGCCUAAUUUCAGGUGGAACCUGGAAUUGCAGUUCAAAGGCCCAGAUGUACUUCUUAUGGAUAUUCCAGUUUGAGAGUCCAAGGUUAGGUUUUGGGUACGAGGAGUUGGAAUUAGUGGUGACCAUCCUGUCACCUGGUACAGGUGAUCACUGAUGACUGUAUGUAUUUUUUUUGUUUUUUGUCUUACCAUAUGUAAACAACUUUUAGGAUAUUUUCUUGACUAUAAAAUGGUUCUAGGUGCUUGGUAUAUAACCUGUAAAACCAUCUUAACUGUAAUGACCUUAUAUAUGUUUUGGGGUAGUGUUUUAUGUAAUAAGGCCUGGAUUUCUGCAGAUUUAAAAAAAUAAA